AGUAUGUGAAUGCAAAGGAGGAACAGACAGACUGGAAAUCGGUCACUGACAAAGCUGCACAGACUCUCUUGUGGACAGAACUUAUUCGAGGUUUAGCUACAACCAUGAGUUAUGUAUUUCGAGAGCCUGCCACUAUCAACUAUCCUUUUGAGAAAGGCCCAUUGAGUCCCCGAUUCCGUGGAGAGCAUGCCCUGCGCAGAUACCCAUCUGGAGAGGAGCGAUGCAUUGCUUGCAAGCUGUGUGAAGCUGUAUGCCCUGCUCAGGCAAUCACUAUUGAGGCUGAAACUCGAGCUGAUGGUAGCCGCAGGACCACUCGCUAUGACAUUGACAUGACCAAAUGUAUCUACUGUGGAUUUUGCCAGGAAGCCUGUCCUGUUGAUGCCAUUGUGGAGGGCCCCAAUUUUGAAUUCUCCACUGAGACACACGAAGAGCUCCUAUACAACAAAGAGAAGCUGCUCAACAACGGAGACAAGUGGGAAGCUGAGAUUGCUGCUAAUAUUGAAGCUGAUUAUUUAUAUCGAUGAUAGAACAUUUCCCUCAACCUUCACAUAUUUUAUCAGCAUGCUCAUCCAAAGUUAAACCUAUAAUAAAAGGGCAUGCACACACUCUUUGUUUCCCUGUGUUUUGAAGAACAGUAGAAUUUUCAGGCAACCUUUCUGUUGAUAAUGUAGCAUACAUCAUCCUAUUUGCAAGUGGAAAGGUUGGGUGGGAUUGAAAAGCAAGACUAACUUCUUUUAAUGUGUGACCUCUGAUCCUUGACCUCAUGGAAUAAAUUUAAGAUUUUGUGUGUGGAAAAAAAUGGUGGUGAAGGAGAGAGAGAGAGACAGAGAUGGUGACAACAUAUUCCAUUGCUUCGUAUCCUCUCUGCUCAAUAAACUUUUGGAAAGGAAUGUGGCAGAACUGAUAUCACUUCUUUUAAGAAGUCAGUUUGAAUAAUUAGCAAACCCACCAUUAUGAUAUUUUUGAUGCAGUAUUUGGAAACCUCCAUCAAGUGGGAAACAUGCUAGCUCAUGUGGAGAGUAGGCAAAAUAUUUCUGUGUUCAACAUGCUAUUAACAUGAAGAUUCACAUAGGUAGCUCUCGCCAUAUGAUUAUUAAUUUUCUGAUAGAUGCCAUUAUGAGAAGUCUAUGCCAAACAGCCUUAAAUAGAAUGGAAGGGGCUGCUUUAACACAAAGAAAAAUCACAGUGUAAAAUUAUUGGUGCUUAGCCAAUAUUUUUUGAAGAGAGACUCUGUUGGGCAUGGCUAUAUAUGGUAUGCUUGCUCCAACCUGUAAAGGAGUGGGGCAACAUUCAUGUACAUCAGCUCUGUAGCACUGUGUCCCUUAACACUGUUGUGUUGGCUGUGCCUACAAAAGGCUCAAUGCUCAAAACAUUAAUAUUCAGUAUAUAACAAUUUAAUUAUUUCAUUGCUAAGUGACGGGGUUAUGGCAUGAUGUCAUGUGGAUCAUGCCAACCUAGGAUUGUAGUUCCAACAAUCCCAGUUGCUGUUAUUGCGCAAAUCCUGUAACAAUUAUUAGGACCUGUCACAAGUGCCUCUUGUUCAAUGCUGCUGUAAAUUCAAAUGGUCACUGAAGGAGUGGAUAUGAAACAAGGACUACCUGUAAUAUUGGUUCAAAAGAAAUACACAUUGCAGUGUAUUUUAAUUUUCAAUCUUUUAAAAGUAAAGUUUUUAUCAAUAAGACCAUAAUAAUACAUUCACAGUCCUGUUGGAUUUGAAUCAUUUGUAUUUUCUGCAGAAAUAGCAUUAUCACCUGAAUUAGAAAUCAGUUAAAAUCCUGAUCCCCAUUUAAUUUAAUUUAAUUUUCUGAACAUUUAUUGUUUUCCAUAGUAUAAUAGCAUUAUUCACUGGAAAGAAAUUGGACAGUUGCAGAGAGUUACUAAGAUAUGUAUAUAGCAAAGAUUUAAAAGUAUAUGAUUGGAGAAGAGUAAAUUGUCCCAUUUAAUAUUUCUAUGUGCUAGCAAAGAGAAGUGUUUUUCCUAGCUAUUGUCAUCAUAUAACAUCCCUUACUAAAAUAUUUUAAUGCAAAUGAAUCAGUAUAAUCAAUUCUUCUGAAAUAGGAUCAGUAAAGGAAGUCAAAAGAUGUUUAAUGCCUGGAAAAAAUGUUAACUUGUAUGAUGAUGAAUCAGCUUUCACAAGCAAAUGGAUAUUGUAUAUCUUUUCUUAUGGUUGUACUUGUUUAAAUGUAAUAUUGACUGGCUUGGAUUUGUACUUUAUUACCACUUUGUUUUUAAACUAGAAAAUUAUUGGACAAGUCUAUUCACAUAAAGGCUUGAAGAUGAUAUGGGGUAAAUGAAUCAACAACGAAACAAUUUAUAAAGUUCAUUUUUAUUCUAGUGCAAACAUGUAGAGACUUUUAUUAAGAUAUUUAUAAUCUUUUUUCUGGUUUCUGAAGGGAAUCUAGGAAGUAACUAAUAAAAACAAUGUGCAAAAUUG